AAUCAAUUUCAUCAAACAAGCUUAAGAGAGCUUAAUAUCAUUCAAGUGUAGUAACAACCAAACUCAAUUAUCAUCAAUGGCAUAUCACCAUACCAUCUCAGGUCUAGUUGGGAAACUAGUGACUGAAUUGGAAGUUAACUGCAACGCUGACAAAUAUUACACAAUUUUUAAGCACCACGAAGACAUUCCAGACGCAAUACCUCAUAUUUACACAAGCGUCAAGGUUGUUGAGGGACAUGGAAUUACUUCUGGUUGUGUAAAGGAAUGGGGUUAUCUUCAUGAGGGUAAAGAACUAAUUGUCAAGGAAACAACAACAUACACUGAUGAAACAAGGACAAUACAUCACAGCGUCGUAGGAGGAGACUUGUCUAAUGAUUACAAGAAGUUUGAUGCAACACUUGUGGUUAAUCCAAAGCCUAGUGGUCAUGGAAGCAUUGUGAGUUGGACUAUUGAUUAUGAGAAGAUUAACGAGGAUUCUCCGGUUCCUAUUCCAUAUUUAGCUUUGUUCCAUCAAAUCAUUGAGGACCUGAACUCUCACCUUUGCGCUUCUGAUUAAACUACCGUAAUUGGUGGCCCAUUUCAGUGUUUGGUGUGAUAAUGUGACAGUACUGCGUGUAUGCAUAUAAAUAAGCCAGUACUUCUACUCAAGUCUUUUGAGUUGUUUCUGUGUGAACUAUUUGUAAAACAGUACUCAUCAUGAGCUUUUCGUAUAUCAACCAUUUUAAGAGUGCAAUUAUAUAAGAGCUUUGUGUUAGCUUCGUUA